AUGUCUCUUCUAACUCGACCAAGUGUUGUCUUCGCUAUCGUAUUCGGAUGUUUUGCUGUAUUAGUACCACGAAUAUUUUUACCGCUAUUUCGAUCAAAACCAGCAGUAUCGCAGUUACAUGAUUUUGACGAACGUUUUCAACGACCAACACCGGUAGUGCCUAACAAUGAAAAUAGCGAUAGCAUCGAGCACAUUUCCGGUACUCCACCACAUAUGCGUGGGGCACAUCCAAAUAUGCGAAUGCAUCAUCCCGGCGCAAAUGGUCGCCAUCCAGGAUCAUCUGAACAAAGUGGUUCAAAAUCAAUUGUAACUCUUGCCCUACCAAUGUAUACUGUUGGUAUUGGAGUUUUUUUUAUUUAUACAUGUUUCAAAUAUUGGUCAAAAAAAGAUUGUGAUGGAAAUAAGCGUAAAAAUCGGUACUCAAAUGAAAAUCUUCCAUGGAAUAGUGAAAAACGAAAAAAUGAAUAUGAUUUACUUGAUAAAGAUAGUGAAGGUGAAGAUAAUAAAGAAGAUUUCUACAGUGGGCUAGAUCCAGAUUAUGUUGAAUUUUUAAAACUUAAAAAACAAAAAGCUUUAGAAGCCGAACGAGUUAUGACUGACGAACAAAAACAAAUGCAUUAUGCUCUUGAAGAAAUGAAGAAAUCUCUAUCGUUUAUCAGUUCAAAACUCGUUGCUAAAGAAAAUCGAGAAAGUUUAGAUAAUACUGAAAUUGUUCAAUUACAAGAGCGUCUUGCUUCGACAGAAGCCCAAAUGUGCAAAAUUUUAAGUGCACUUGAUGUUGCUUCGGAAAAAGUUAAUACUACAAUAAAAACUACUAAUCGAUCUCCAAAGCCUGCCAAAGAAAAGAAUUGUUGUGUAUCACGAUCAUCGAGUGAAGAUGAAAGUAAUUCUGAUCAUAACCAAUGUUUAUCAUCUUCCGAUGAAGAAAAUCCACCUGAUCAAGUAGUAGAAGACGAAGAUGACGAAACACAGGAGAAUCACGAUGAAUAA